GUAAACCGGCCAUUGUUCCUCCCUCUGUUAUGGAAACAGCUACACACUCGGUUGAUAUAUUAUCGAAUAUAUAUUUUAAAAACUACCUGAGGAAUGAUUAUAAAAAAAACGUUUGACAUGUUUCUGUGGACAUUAUGAAGACUAUUUGGAAUUUCCGUCUGCGUUGUCAUGACUGCGCUUUCCUGUGGAUUUCUGAACAUAACGCGACAAGCAAACGUCAGUAUUUUGGGUAUAAAAAUUCUUUAUGUAACAAAAGGAAUAUUUGCUGUGUAACUGGGAGUCUCAUGAGUGGAAACAUCCGAAGAUCAAAGGUUAGUGUACCAUGGCUUCUAAGCCCCAUCCUCCUUUGAUGAAGAAACACAGUCAGUCAGACCUGGUGAGCCGGCUGAAGACCAGGAAGAUACUUGGGGUUGGAGGAGAGGAUGACGAUGGAGAGGUGCAUAGGUCAAAUCUCAGUCAGAUGUUGGGGAAUGACAUCAAGUAUCAGGUACGAGAGCCUGUUGGACUGAGGGUCUGGAUCCUCAUCUCUGCAGUAGCCUUCACAGUCAUGGCCUUGAUGGCCCUGGUGUUGCCCAAGCAGCUGUAUGACAUAGUGUUUGAAGAGGAGAUCAACAACACCAGCGUCUCCAUCAGACUCUAUGGGGGAGCACUGCUCAGUCUGUCCCUCAUCAUGUGGAAUGGUGUCUAUACACAAGAGAAGAUCAUCAUCCAGUGGACUCUGCUCAGUGAAGCAUGCUACUUUGCCAUCCAGUUUUUAGACAUGAAAGAGGAAUUAAUCCAUGUCUGCCGCACGGUGGGGAUCUACCACGCCUUCACAGCCAAUCGCGUGGCCCGUCACUGACACACAUCCCGUUCUCUCACACGCACAACGGGACAGACAAGAAGACGG